UCCCUCCCUUUCUUUCAAAUUUCUCUCCAAACCACUCUGUUUUUCUCUCUCUCUCUCUCUCUACCAUUAUAGCAUGAUAACAUUCUCUUUUUCUUUCCUAUCAUUCAAAUUCCUCCCUCUCUCUCUCUAUUCUCUUUAUUCUAUUGAAAGGAUGAUAAAUGCAUCUUCCCUCCAUUGAUUUCAACUUCUCUCUCCCAACAUUUCUCAAAUGAAGAUCUCCUCUUCUUCUUCUCAUUCUCCUUCUUCUUCUUCUUCUUACACCAAUGCCCGCUCCCAAAACUCAGACAAUUCGCCCACACCCGGCUGCCUCCCAAAGAUCCUACGCCGUCUCCUUUGUGGCAAUAACCUCUAUAUCCAACCUUCCAAUUGCGCUGAAGAAGCUGAUAGAUUUGAUAUUCUCCCUUCUGAAGAUCAAAAGACUCAGUCCAAGAUCAAUGGUUCUUCUUCUUCUUUUGCAGCUUCACCUAGCCUAGUAGCACGGCUAAUGGGUCUCGAAUCCAUGCCUGAAUUCCCUCGGACGGCUCCAGAAUCGAUCGCCAGGAGCCGGUCGGCGAAUUCUCUCAACAGCUGGGCCGAGAUCUUUCCAAUCCAUCGUGGGGUCCGGGCGUCCACGUCGUUUCGUGAAGUUCCCACGUUCUUGCGGCAGGAGAACCAGGAUUUCCUUCUCUUGAGCUUUGGAUCGGCCGGUGGAGAUGAAUCUCUUGUUUUGGGGCCCAAGGGGUUGAAAUCUGAUGUGGGUUUUGGAGAAUUGAAGGAGAGGAGGGCUGAUCGACAGAAGGGAAAGCCGAAGGAGAUCCGGAGAGAGAAGGGGAACGACCACUGUAGAAUUAAGGCGUCGGAAGUGAGGAAAAACAGUAAUGAUCGCUGCAGAAGUAAGGUGUCGGAGGUGAGGAUGUGCGACAAGUGUUCGCAGAAAGCCAGAGAUUGCAGUGAAAUUAAGCGCGCGGCCAAUCCUUGCAAGAAAGAGACUUCCAGAAAACAAUGCUUUGUUCCGAGGGCUGAGAUCUCCCGGACGCGUAUCGACGGCAAGGAAAUCUUAGUCUCCGAUGGAGCGAAGCGUCUAAAGAAGAAGAAGAACAGGAAUUCUGCUGCUAAGAAAGUGGAAUCUGAAUGCAGCUCUGAGAAUUCAAGCCCAGUCUCUGUUCUUGAUCGCGCCUUCGACAUCGACACUGAAUUUCUUAUGGAUUCCGAAACAGUUACAUCAGAAGAUCCAAGGCCGAGCCCGUCAAAUUCAAGAAGGAAACUGUCCGGACCCGAAAAUUUCGAGUACCCAUCUUCACAUAUUAGUUGUAUUUCAAUCUUGCAUAACACCAAACUAAAAUCACCUGAUGAUGAAGGUGACCUUCCACAAAAGAUGAGACACAAUCGUCCCGGCUCUUUUGAAUUGUGGCGAGAGAUUUGCAAGUUGGCGGAAGAGGACGCGGAGAACUCAAAUUGGGUUACGAGGAAUGGAUCGAAAUCGGAGGAAAUUGAAGAGAUUGGGAUUGAAUUUGCAGUUCUCAUCCUUGAUUGUAUUCUUCAGGAGGCCAUAGACGAACUUGUGCAGCUUCCGCAGCUGCAAUGAUCAAAUCGUGUGAAAUUGUAUAGAGAAAUUUCCAAAUUUGACUGCCUUUUCUAUUCCAUCUUUCAAGAUAAAAUGAUAUCGACACAGUAUCUAACAAAAGACUGGGCAAUGUAUCGAACAACAGUAAAAGAAAGCAUGACAUGAGAUGUAUUCUUGUAAUGCUGAAAUUAACACACUAAUGUAUGCCUAUAUUUCGCCA